AUGCCACUUUCCAUUCUCUUUCAAUAUAUUUCCGGCGGAGAAGUUUCAUUCCUCGCUUCCAUCGCACAACACGUCUCCUCACCUCCCCACCCACUCCCACAUUCCCUUCUUCCAUCCACUUUUCUCGUUCCAAGUGUUUUAUUAUUCCUUAUUGCUUAUUUAGUGUCCGUACCAUUCCAUGCCUUUUGCGAUUUUCUUACAUUUAUUGGCUUCUUUUCCCUCUUGUUAUUUCUUCCUUUCGCUCGUUCUUUCUUUCUUUCUUUUUUUUUUCCUUUCUUUCUUUGCUUCUCCUUUCUGGAUCAUCCUUACUGCCUUUCUUUCUUUCCAGAACUUCCCACCAGACUUUCUUUUUUUUUUUCUUUCUUUCUUUCUUUCUUUCUUUCUUUCUUUCUUUCUUUCUUCUUAAAGAUUUCUUUCUUUUAUUUGCAUCGAUUUUAUUUAUACUCUAUUCUUUUUGUUCCUGUCUUUUUUCUGCCUUUUAUUUUCAUCCUUUUUAUAUCUUUUCCUCGCCAUCUUUUAUCUUUGUCAUUUAUUUUUUGCUUUUUUUGUCUUUGCGUCAUUUUUUUUCUUAAUUACUUUUUUUUUGUUUUUACUUGCAUCAAUUUUUCGUUUUUUUCUUUUUCUUUCGUUUUUACCUUCUUUUUUUUUCUUUCGCUUUUCUUUCUUUUUCUUUUACUUUCAUUUGAUAUUAUUAGCGAUUAUUUCUGUUUUUCUCAUUCAUUCAUUCAUUCUUUUUUCUUUCUUUCGUCUCUGCAUCGUUAUUUUGUUUGUUCUUUCUUUUAUUUAUAUCUAACUUUGGACCAUUUUUGUUUCUUCUUCUUUUGUUUUUAUUUCAGCUUUUGUACUUUCAUUCAUUUUUCUUCGAUUUACAUUUUUCUUUCGUUGCCUUUUCUUUAUAAUUCUUUUUUUUUUAAAGGACUUAUUUCCUUUUUACGUUUUGUUAGUCUUUCUUUUUCUUUUUACCAUAAUUCUUUUUUAAAUUUUUUUUUUUUUUCAUUGUCUUCUUUUUCUCCUAUUUUUCGCUUUUCUCCCAUUAUUUUCAUUUCUUAUUUUUAUUUUCUCCUCUUUUUUUUCUUUACGCUUCUCCUUGUCUUUUAUUACCUCCCCUUUAUAUUUCUCCUCUGUCUAUCCCUCCUUUUACUCUCUUUUCUCUUGUCUCUGCGAUGUUUUUUCUCCCCUCCCACUUCUUUUCUCCGUUUUCGACGCCUCUUUUUCAUUGAUAAACCUGCAUUAUUUUUCUUUUUUUCUUUUGCUUUUCAUCUUCUUUUUCUUUUUCUUUUUUUGAUUCGUUUUCUUUCUAUCCGGUUCUUCCUUCCUGCCCUUCUUCAUGUCUUUCCGAUUUUUCUUACAAUUUCUUCUAACACUUUAAUUCUUCUUCUUCUUCCCCUACUUCUCCUCCUGCUCCUCCUCCUCCUCCUCCUUCUUCUUCUUCUUCUUCUUCUUUACCAAUUUAAUUGUCAUAUUCCGUGCAAUUCCAUCGCGUGUCUUCACGACCUCCUUUCUAAUCUAUUUAAAAAAUUUCUUCCUCCUUCUCCUUCCUGUAUUUUAUUAUUUUUUUUUUUCUUCUUCCUCUUCUUCUUUUUCUUCUUCAUUCUGGCCCAUCCCGUAUCUUUCCAAAAAAUUCUCCAUUCCCAAUUGAUUAUUUUAUAA